GCUGGGUUCAGUUGGUUGGAGUCGGAGCCAAAGUCAGAGGCCGAGCAGAUCAGAUUAUAUCCGAUCCGAUCACAACAAGCAGCUAUAUAAUGGGGGCGCCUGCCAACUUCGUUUGGCUCCCGCUGCCGAUGCUAAUGGUCAUAAUAAUGGCAAUGGCAACGCUGGCAAUACCGCAGAGCAAUGACACCGCGAGCAGCAACGAUGGUAACAACAGUCCAAGUCCAAGUCCAAUCAGCAGCACCAUGCCCAGCACCAGCACCGACUCGGAUCUGGUCGUUAGCGGUGACCUCAACAAGGCGGCACGCGUGGAGCAGAUGAGCUCGGAUUUGGAUUCAAACUUGGAACCAAAUGUUGCUGAGGGGGGUGCCGAUUCUGAUAAGGAUACAGAUACAGAUACAAUGAGCACGCCAAGGAAUACAGAUGAUCAGUACGAUGUUAUCGAUGUGAUGGCCGCUAACAACGCUGGAAUGGGGAAGCCCCACAGUACUGGACAGACCACACGCAUCUAUACCACUGGCGAAGUGAACGAUGACUUCUGGCUGAAGCAUUUGGGGGAUGACUUUAAGCAUGCCAUCCAUCUGCAGGUGGGAGAGACCAAUGAUGAUUACAAUCGCAUCAUCAAUCAGACCAGCGACAACGGUGUGCAUGAGGAAGUGCAUCAUGAGUAUUUGCCGGGCGCCGAGCGUCCACCAGAGAUGCAACAACCACAACAUCAACAUCAACAACAACAAGAACAACAAUCAGUUGGAUCUGGUCGUUAUGGCCAUCUCAAUUUUGAUGGUGAAGCGAUGAAUCUGAAGGAUAAUUAUCUCAGGCAGCAGGAGCAACAACAGCGAUUUUUACCACACAAUGAAUACACACAACAAAACACACGCUACAACCAACAACAACAACAACAAGUACACACACGAGACAGCAGCAACAAUCGACAUUCAAUGCACAAUAAUCGAUACAAACAUCUGCAAAAUCGAAAUCGAAAUCCAAAUCAGGCGGCAGGAUCUAGACAAUCGUCGAGCAUCAUCAAUUCCAGCGAGGAUACAUUGCAUGCGGCGCAAUCGCAGGCCACGCCCACAUCGGCUGCAACGCCCUCCAGAUCCAGUUCAACGCGUCGCGAUAUCGAUAUCGAUAAUCCGCUGCCCUUCAAGUCCGCCUUCAAUGACUACGGCAGUCGUCCCACUCGCGAUCUCACCUAUCUGCUCUACAAGCGCGGUCUCUGACCAACCCAAUUAAGACAAAGUCUUCAAUCUAGAUUUUAAAUAUAGUACAUAAUAUUUACAAUCGGUCUUAAUCGUAAUAAAUGAAAAUAAGAAAUAUACAAUUGAA